UCAAGUGCGCUGUCGAUCAGCUUCAUCAAGCGAGUGCUGAAGCUGCUAUUACUACUGUAGCUUGAUGUGUUGUAGUGUUUUUUUUGUUGCUUCUUUGUUGCUUUCUCGCUUCACCACUCGAUCAUCGUUUCGCUCCGCCACCGAUCGCGACUCAUCCGGAUGGCCACUAGUUCACACCAACCGAUGAUCGAUCGUGUGUUGUAGUGCAUCAGCUUGUCAGCGGCGAGUGCAUUGUCUGUUUGUGCGAUCCUCAUCUGCAUCGAAUGUUACGAUCAUCUGUUCGUUCCGAUCGACGAUUUAUGCUAAUUUGCGACCGGUGACUUUCUGGCUGAUCGAUUUGCUUCUAAUCGGAUCGGAGUGUGUCGUUCGAGCAACAACAGAAAAAUAGAGACCCAUCACUCCAAAACAGCGAAAGAGAAACGGCACUCGCGACUUUCGGCGGAAGCGGUUCACCCGGUAGCUCAUCAGUGGAACGGAAUCUAUACUUUCACCGUCUCCCCCGUCGGUAGCGGAAGAGGUUUGGGGCCAGGGCACGGGGACGUUGGUGCCAUCGCCGGUACGGUACAAACUCUUACACCUUCCUCGCACACCAGUGUGCACUUUAUGAGGCGUGAAUUCGACCAAAUCGUCCCAGAAGGAAUUUUCGGUGUUUCGAAGCAUCAGUGCGCUCGGUAUCGGUUCUUAACAGUGAUGCCGGAUGUCACGCGGUUACACAGUACACUCAAUCUAGCAAAGUAAACCCCAGUAGCUCAGAACACGUUAAAGUGAUCGCGAAGGUGAAAAUCGCGCAAGAGAUACGGGCGAGCGCACCGCCUAAACGCGUACCGGAUCGUGCACCAUCAAUCUACGGGCAUUACACGUUGACGUUCAUUGCACUCGCUCGCGGCUAGUGUUAGGCGUACCUGGCUAGUGUGUAAUAUGCGCGGCACGAGCAAAUAACCCGAGUGAUCAUCGCUGCCACAGAGAGAGAGAGAGAAAGAGAGACACGGAGCCAAAGACACAUCCCGACAUUUCAGCCCAACACGGCACGCGGUAGCGACCUGCUGCACCAGCAGUCCAGCAAAAUAGCUAAAGUGCAGUUAGCGGUUCGAUUAGAUACGUGGCCCGGACCGGCCAAAACCGGCGAGACAGUAUGGUUUCAACGCGCUUCGAAGUGAACACCAACCCAACGCCGUUGCGGUAUCCACGAUCAAUCUUUUUCAUCAUCAGCAAUGAGUUUAGCGAACGGUUCAACUACUAUGGCAUGCGAACGGUACUGGCGCUUUAUCUCACGCAGCAGCUUGCCUACAGCAACGAUACGGCCACCGUGAUUUAUCACGUCUUUACCAGCCUUGUGUACUUCUUCCCCCUUAUGGGAGCCAUCCUGGCCGACAGUUGGUUGGGCAAGUUCAAGACCAUCCUGUACCUUUCGGUCGUGUACUGCGCCGGAAGUGCGCUCAUUGCGCUCGGUGCGAUACCACCGUUGCAUUUACCAGCGACUUCGAUAACGGUGCUCGGUCUGCUGUUUAUCGCCGUCGGUUCCGGUGGCAUCAAACCGUGCGUAUCAGCAUUCGGUGGGGAUCAGUUUAAGCUGCCCGACCAGGCCGUCCAGCUGGCCAAAUUCUUCUCGCUCUUUUACUUCGCCAUCAAUGCCGGAUCGCUGAUCUCGACGACGCUAACGCCGAUUCUGCGCGAGGAUGUGCACUGCUUCGGUCAGGACAAUUGUUUCGCGCUUGCGUUCGGUGUACCGGCCGCACUGAUGAUCUUCUCGAUCAUCGUGUUCGUGUGCGGACGUGCGAUGUACACGAUCAACAAACCGUCCGGUAACAUGAUCGUGCUAGUGUUCAAGUGUAUCCGGAACGCGCUCACGGUGCGUUCGAAGGAAAGCUCGGUAAACCCACGGGAUCACUGGCUGGACUAUGCGGAACCGAAGUAUGGCAAGGGCAUCGUGUCGGACAUUAAGUCGCUGCUGAAGAUCCUCAUCCUGUACAUUCCGCUGCCCGUGUUUUGGGCCCUGUUCGAUCAGCAGGGAUCUCGCUGGACGUUCCAGGCCACACGCAUGGACGGGGAACUGGCGGGUUACACGAUUAAACCCGACCAGAUCCAGGUCAUCAAUCCGCUACUCAUUCUCGCCUUCAUUCCACUGUUUGAGAGUUUCGUGUAUCCGGCGCUGGCCAAAAUCGGUAUCCGGCGACCGUUGCAGAAGCUUUCGUUCGGCGGCAUGCUCGCCGGUGCUGCCUUUGUGCUGUCCGGUUUCGUCGAGAUUGCGCUUGACCGUACGAAUGCCAUGUUGCCGGCGCAACAUGAAGCCCAGAUGCGCAUUUUUAAUGGUUUACCGUGUGAUUUCCGGUUCCAUACCGAUGCUAUGAAUUUGACCAGCUUCUCCGUGCCGUCGCGGGGUAUCUUUGAGACACUGCAUCUCGAACCGCUGGCCAACUACACAGAGUUCAAGUACCGGGCGGAAACGAAUGAAAUUGGUUGCGUUCGGGAGAACGCAAGUGAAAUAAGCGGUAGCUUCCGGUUGCGAAUGGGCCAAGCGGUUGGUUACUAUCUGACGAGCAAGGGCGGUAAGAUCGAGGUGCUCGAAUUCGAGGAUACGGCCGAGAAGGACCGGAAUGGAGUACCCCGAGUGCGGUUGCUGGCAAACGUGAAAACGGUCAAAUACGUCAUGCUACGGCAUGCAUCGAACAGCGAAAUCAGCUACAACAUGUCGCUUAAUCGGCACGAUCAGAUGACGCUCUCCAAUGGAGAGUACCAGGUGUAUGUAGGCGAUCGUUUGAUCUCCACCGUGAAGCUGAAUGUGGGGGGUGUAUACACGCUGCUGUUGGAUGAAGUUUUGGAAAACGAAUUCAAUCUUCAAAAACACACCAUCACACCCUCCAACUCGGUGCACAUGCUGUGGUUGGUGCCGCAGUACGUCGUCAUUACCGCCGGUGAGGUCAUGUUCUCGAUCACCGGUCUCGAGUUUUCCUACUCGCAAGCACCGGAAAGCAUGAAAUCCGUCAUCCAAGCAUUCUGGCUACUGACGGUCGCCAUUGGUAACAUGCUGGUGGUGUUCAUCGCCGAAGCCAAGUUCGUCCAAUCGCAAUCGCUCGAGUUUUUCCUGUUUGCCGUGCUGAUGUUCCUCGAUAUGGGACUGUUUAUGGUGCUGGCCAUGCAGUACCACUACUCGCAGGAGGGCGCAAUCGAAACGAUUGAAGUGGAAGCCACCGGCAAAAAGGAUCCACUACCAGAUACGGUUUCAGAAAAGGGCUCAACCAGGGCCAACGGUGGUACGACAUACGCCAACGAAGCAUUCCGAGAAGACUGAUGAGAGAAGUUUACGAAAGAUCCGAGGGACGGAAUUCAAAAGAAGGAAACAUACUGUUUCCAUUAUACCCCACACUAUCGGCGGGGGUCUGUGCGUCUUUCUACGUUUUGUAGAACGUAUGGUAAUUGUUCGAUGAGAUGUUAAAAGAGUAGUUUGUGCAAGAAAUGUAUUAUUAGCUGUGUGUCGUUAACAGGCGCUGUAAGAUAUUUGUUUUUCUUUUUGUAAUAAAUAUUUGUCUAAUUCAA